AGCCCCAACACCUUGCCAGAUCCACAAUGGCUGACAGGAGGAGGAAAUGUUCUAGAAAGGGAGGUGCCCAGAAGUGGGAGGGCUGAUUCUUCUUCUCUUUCACUUUUUCAGCUGCCUCAGGGCACACUGGACUGGCUGAGCUGGCAAGGGUUAGGGAGCCAAUUUCUUCCUAACCCCAGGGUGGCCAGAUUGGACAGGCUCUAACCUUGUAUUUGCAACCUGGGGAGAGGGCAUAUCUGAGGUACAAAGUGCAGUUUUUUUGGAAGUGAGGAAUCUGUGAAACGUUCCCUACUUCUUGCCCCAAGCUAGCCAUGGCUCCAAAACGAAAGUCUUCAGCGCAGCCGGUGGGCUCCAAGAAGAAGCCACGGGGGACAGGGGAGGAGGAUAGCUUCCGGUCCACUGCCGAGGCUCUCCGAGCAGCUCCUGCGGAUAAGCACAUCAUCCGUGUGGACCCCACAUGUCCAUUCAGCGGUAACCCCGGAAUUCAGGUCCAUGAGGACUAUGACUGUACCCUGAACCAGACCAACAUCGGCACCAACAACAACAAAUUCUACAUCAUCCAGCUGCUCGAAGACGAUGGCGGCUUCCUGUGCUGGAACCACUGGGGCAGAGUGGGAGAAGUGGGCCAGAGUAAGACGAACCACUUCACCUGCCUGGAGGAUGCAAAGAAGGACUUUAAGAAGAAAUUUUGGGAGAAGACUAAGAAUAAAUGGGAGGAGCGGGACCACUUCGUGGCCCAUCCCAGCAAGUACACACUUAUAGAGACGAAGGGAGAAGCAGAGACCCAAGAGGCUGUGGUGAAGGCCUUCUCUCUUCAGGUGGACGGAGGCCCCGUGAGGACUGCGAUGAAGCCCUGCUCCUUAGACCCCGCCACUCAGACGCUUAUCACCAACAUAUUCAGCAAAGAGAUGUUCAAGGACGCGAUGAGCCUCAUGAACCUGGAUCUGAAGAAGAUGCCUUUGGGAAAGUUGAGCAAACAGCAGAUUGCUCGGGGCUUCGAGGCCCUAGAGGCUCUAGAGGAGGCCAUGCAAAGCCCCCCAGGUGGCGGCCAGAGCCUAGAGGAGCUGUCCUCCACCUUCUACACCCUCAUCCCGCACAACUUCGGCCGCACCCGGCCCCCGCCUAUCAACUCCCCUGAGAUUCUUCGAGCCAAGAAGGACAUGCUGCUGGUGCUAGCGGACAUCGAGCUGGCCCAGACCUUGCAGACAGCCCCCGGGGAGGAGAAAGUGGAAGAGGUGCCACACCCACUGGACCGGGACUACCAGCUCCUCAGGUGCCAGCUUCAGCUGCUGGACUCUAGAGGACCCGAGUACAAAGCAAUAGAGACCUACCUGGAACAGACUGGUAAUGACUACAGAUGCCCAACUCUACAACAUGUGUGGAAAGUGAACCGAGAAGGGGAGGAAGACAGAUUCCAGGCCCACUCCAAACUGAGCAAUCGGAGGCUGCUGUGGCAUGGCACCAAUGUGGCCGUGGUGGCUGCUAUCCUCACCAGUGGGCUCCGAAUCAUGCCACACUCGGGUGGUCGUGUUGGCAAGGGCAUCUAUUUUGCCUCGGAGAACAGCAAGUCAGCCAGCUAUGUUACUGCCAUGCACUGUGAGGGCCACCAGGUGGGCUACAUGUUCCUGGGCGAGGUGGCCCUCGGCAAAGAGCACCACAUCACCACCGAUGAUCCUAGCCUGAAGAGUCCACCCCCUGGCUUUGACAGUGUCAUCGCCCGAGGCCAGACAGAGCCUGAUCCCAGGCAGGACAUCGAACUGGAGCUGGAUGGGCAUCGGGUAGUGGUGCCUCAAGGUCGGCCUGUGCCAUGCCCAUCGUUCAAAAGCUCCAGCUUUAGCCAGAGUGAGUACCUCAUCUACAAGGAGAGUCAGUGUCGUCUGCGCUACCUGCUAGAGAUUCACCUCUGAGCUGCUUGCCCUCCCCAGGUCCCGCUAGGCUGGACCACAGUCUUCACUCUCCUCUCUCUGACUCUCAUAGCACUCCGUGUGCCUCCCAAGAACAGAGUACAGGCCAGGCACAUUGGCACACACCUAUCGCCUCCGCUACUCAGGAGGCAGAGGCAAGGAAAACUCUUUACCCUGAGAUUUGGAGGCCAGCCUGGGCUACAUAGGAAGACAUGUCUCAAAGGAAAGAAAAAAAUUACAGUCACGAGCCAAAACCAAAUAACAAUGUUUUGAAGCAGGCAAAGACGAUUCAUGCCUGUGAUCCCAGUACUUGGGAGGCUGAGGCAGGAGAAUCACUGUGAGUUCAACGUCAGCCUGGGCUAAAUAGUGAGUUCCAGGCUAGCCUGAGCUACAGAGUGUAACCGUGCCUCAAAAGUAUAAAAGCCAAUGCUCUGAUCAAUGAUGGACUGCAUAAUCUAAGUUUAUAUCACCUAGUGAUACUGAUAUCUUCUCAGUCUGUGUAAACAUAAUCUACACACAGUGACAGGCCACAUGGUGACAUGCUCCUGAGACUGUGUCACUACCAUCAAGUGAAGAAUGGCUAUGCAUUGUCAUCAUCUGUGGUCUCUGAGUUGU